ACUCUAGCCUAGAACUAUGGCCGCUGUUUCGCGAGGCUCCGUGGUUGUGGCGACGGCAAUCCGUGAUUUAGCUGCGUCGGUGAGAAGCUUAUUACCAGAUGUUGAUGUUAAUGUCAUACAAUUAGACAAAGCAGGCUUGGUGCCAGCGAGCAGCCUGUGUCAAGUCAGUGGAGUGGUCCUCUGUGACCCAAAGGUGGUGGUGCAACUAAUUGGCCAGAGUGAUCUCCCCUUGAAAUGGGUUCAGUCAACAUGGGCAGGGGUGGAGUCCAUCAUGUCGGCUGUACAGGAGAGUAAGAUGCAGCCGACCUUCACCUUUACCCGAACUGGAGAAGGGUAUGGCCAGGUUAUUGGGGAGUAUGUCAUCGGACAUGUCAUAGCUCAUGAAAGAAAAUUCAAACAAAUGUUCAAAACCAACGAAUCAAGAAUUUGGGAUGCAAAUUACAAGUAUAUCCGUUCUUUGUCAACUUUAACCAUUGGGGUGCUUGGGCUGGGACAGAUUGGUACAGAAAUUACCCGAAUGUGCAAAGCCAUGGGGAUGACAGUAUGGGGGCUGGCAACAGGGCAACAGAAAUCUGAUCAUCCGUAUGUCGAUGAAUUCAGGUGUAACAAUGACCUCUGUGACCUGCUUUCUAACUGUGACUACAUCUGCAACAUCCUUCCGAGCACUCCACUCACCCGGAAUCUUCUGUCUGGGGAGGUCCUUGCUAGUUGUGCAAAGAGGAAAAGUGUCCUCAUCAACGUGGGUCGUGGUGAUAUCAUUGAUGAAGAUAGUGUCAUCAAUGCUGUGAACCAAGGCUGGAUUGGCGGAGCAAUACUUGACGUGUUUGCCAAAGAACCUCUUCCAGAAAGUAGUCGACUGUGGACUUUGCCGAAUGUAACAGUUUCCCCUCAUGUCUCUGGUCCAAGUCAGCCCUCACAGGUUGCGGAGGGAUUUGGGAACAACUAUCGACUAUUUUGUGAGGGAAGUCCUCUAAAAUUCCAGGUCGAUUGGAAAAAAGGAUAUUGAUUGAUGUUUAUGAAGAGCUUACACCAACGAAGAAAUGUCUCACUCACUAAUUUACUUCACAUUGUAUCCUGAUUAUAUUCAGGCCAACCAAUGAAAAAAUGAGACUGCAAUAAAAAUUGUGUCUACAAUGCACGAUGAAAUGGCAGCGUAAAACAAUCACCGCAAAUCUGAGAGCAUGCUGCCAAAAACAUGGAAAUCGCAGCACUAAAGCAAACCGACCACAAUGUUCCAAACUUCUGGUAAGCUGGAAUAAGUUGAAUUGUGACCUGACAAUUAACCUUGUAUGACUAUGUAUGAGGUCAGGCCACUGGUGCGUACCAGUUUGAAGAAAGGGGUAGUGGGUGGUCCGCGAUUAGUGGGACGAUGGAUAUGUGCGUGUCCUGUUCUAGUGUUCGAGUUCUAGUGGCGAGUUUAAAAGGACAUGAUGGUACUGCUGAUGUGAGGCACCAUGGGAGCAUAGUCAAAUUCAUCAUCAUGACCUGCACAUGCACAACAUUUGUGCACCCUCUCUACUUGUAAAAAAACAAAUUCUGUGCACCGCCUACUUGUCAGAAACGCGCUUUGUGAGUUGGUUCAACUUGUUGUGGCUUACCAGUAGUCAUGCACAGAAGAGAGAGAUUUUCCGUCAUGUCACAAGGAUCAACAAACAGUGAGAAUUUACAU